GUCAUCCUGCCGGAUCGGCUGCUGGGCACGGGCGGAAAAUGGGCACAGAUCCGCGAGGACAAAAGGUUGGGAACCCAAGGAAGACAAAUUAGGUGCAGCGGUAGGAGACCUAUCGGUGGUCAAGACAUAAUUGAAGAACUAAUUCAAGGAGAAUGUUUGACGAUCUCCUCUUCCUUCCUCAGCCGCUCGCAAACCCAGUGUUUCGAAGAUGAGUUGUCCUCUGGGGUGCCUGGCCACUGUGCUUGCCUGCUCUUGGCAGUGCUUGGUGGCGUGAGCAGAUUGCUCCAUCCUGGCAGCCGCAGGAGCGUGGAAUGGCCUCUUUGGACCUGCCGUACCGUUGUCCUCGCUGUGGGGAACACAAGCGCUUUCGAAGUCUGUCCUCCCUGCGCGCCCAUUUGGAGUACAACCACACCUACGAGACCCUGUACGUGCUAUCCAAGUCCAACAGCGUGUGCGAUGCCGCUGCACUGCUCCCCUUAGUGGCCGACGGAGCCCUCACCGCCGAAUCUCGUUUUCCGUACCGUGAGCUUCCCUGCUCGGGCGAGGAGCUCGGCCUCGCCCCUUCCUCUACUGCUUGCUACCUGCCCAAUGUGGAGUUUCCCCUGGGCGAGAUUCUGGUGAAGACAGCCAUGAGCUCUGGUGAUGCCUUGACCUCCACAGGGAACAACGCUGUCGCGGUGGCUGCUAACGUGGCCGCCAGCGCAGUGGAGGCAGCUUACGAGGAGGGCCUGGCUCGGUUGAAAGCCCGGGCGUUUGAGAGGCUCGAGCUAGAUGAGAGGUUGGAGAAGCUGUCGGAGGAGGUGGAGCAAAAGAUUGCCACGCGUGUCGGCCGUCUGCAGGCGGAGCUGGAGAGGAAAAGCACGGAGCUGGAGAAGGCCAAGAUAGAGAGCGAGAGGCUCAGUCAUGAGAAACAAGACCUAGAAGACAAGGCCACCGAGCUUUCGCGGCAGGUGGACGUGUCCGUGGAGAUGCUAGCCAGUCUGAAGCAGGAUCUGGUUAACAAGGAACAGGAGCUGUCACAUAAACAACAAGAGGUGUCCCAAAUUGACCAGUUCCUGCAGGAAACAGCUGUGCGUGAAGCCAGUGCCAAAGUGCGUCUUCAGCAGUUCAUUGAGGAGCUGUUGGACCGGGCCGACCGCGCUGAGAAACAACUUCAGAUCAUCAGCAGCUGUAACACCACUCCUAAUGGCAGCCUGGGACACUGCAGCCUGCAGGGAUCCAAACCUAAUGGACGGCAGAGAAAUUCCAGCAUCUCUGGGGCAUCCCGAGGAAUGUACCAAGUGUCCGAUCGACGUUCUUCCCCAAGCACUGCAGCAUCAGGACGAGGAAAGUCUGUGUCUCAAGGUUCAGGUGGGUAUGACAGCGACAGCGUAGACCUGCACGCUCUGGAGGACUGCCCUGAUGCUCAGUACUAUCACGUCCAGUGCCGGCUCGGAGAGGGAGGCGGUGGAGGCUAUGAGAAAGCGGGUGCUUCCCGGAGUUGGGGUCUCCGCAAACAGGCCAUCCAGAACUGGCAGCGUCGGCCAUACCGGAACAGCACGGAGGGAGAAGAGGGCGACGUGUCGGAUGGGGGCUCCCGCACCACUGAGUCCGAAGCCGAUCUUUGGGAGCAGGACAGGAGAGCGGAUUGCCAGCAGCACGGACAGAUCCGUGGGGGAUACAGACUGGCUUCAGGACGUUCUGAAGGAGGAUACAAGCCUUGCAGACACGAGAAAAGUCCCACUAAAGUCAACGAAGUGAUCAGUCCCGAGGUGCUGAAAAUACGUGCCGCUCUGUUCUGCAUCUUCACCUACCUGGACACUAAGACGCUUCUGCGGGCGGCCGAGGUGUGCCGGGAUUGGAGGUUUGUGGCUCGCCAUCCAGCGGUGUGGACCCGGGUGCUUCUGGAGAACGCUCGCAUCUCUUCAAAGUUCCUGUGUACGUUGUCUCAGUGGUGCACCCAGACGCAUUCCCUGAUCCUCCAGAACCUCAAACCCAGACAGAGGGGCAAAAAAGAAACAAAGGAGGAAUAUAUGAAGAGCACACGUGGGUGUCUUGAGGAGGGUCUGGAGGCCAUGUUGAAAGGUACUGGCAGUAAUCUACUCAUCCUGAAGGUGUCUCAUUGUCCCAAUCUACUGACUGAUCGCUCUCUGUGGUUAGCCAGCUGUUAUUGCCGAGCACUUCAGGCUGUAACAUACAGGAGUGCCACAGACCCUGUUGGACAGGAGGUUAUCUGGGCAUUAGGAGCUGGUUGCAGAGACAUCAUUUCACUACAGGUGGCGCCGUUACAUCCAUGUCAGCAGCCGGCACGCUUUAGUAACCGGUGCUUGCAGACCAUUGGCAGAUGCUGGCCACACUUGCGAGCUCUGGGUGUGGGUGGAGCGGGCUGUGGCAUACAGGGAUUGGCUUCUUUGGCGAGGAACUGCAUGAGGCUGCAGGUAUUAGAGUUGGAUCAUGUCAGCGAGAUAAAUCAGGAAGUGGCCGCUGAGAUGUGUCGUGAGGGACUGAAAGGGCUUGAGAUGCUGGUGCUCACAUCCACUCCUGUUACUCCUAAAGCCCUGCUGCACUUUAACAGUGUGUGUCGUAACUUAAAGUCCAUUGUAGUGCAGAUUGGUAUAGAAGAUUACUUUGAAGACCCCAACAGUCCUGAGGCAAGAAAACUGUUUGACGAAAUGGUGAAUAAGCUUCAGGCACUGAAGAAGAGGCCUGGUUUCUCCAAAAUCCUCCACGUGAAAGCUGAUGGCUUGUGCUAACUCUGCUUUGUCGAGGUCAGAGCCACAUAAAGGUUCACAGAAUAUUUCAAACCGGUCGAGUCAACCUUGUCCUCAAUGAAACGAGAAGGAACAAACACUUCCGCAUCAGUUUGAACUCCAACCACAGGUCAACCUUAUCGAGAUGGAAGAACUUCUGUUAGCUUUGACGUGACGCCACAAAAUCCAGGAGUCUAUAAAGACUGACAACCAAACCUUUAGAAAAACAGACGCAUUCAAAACAGGUGAAGACGACAGACUAAGAUGUGUCCUUCUGCUGGCCAAUCGCACUAAACUUCACGAAGGUCUCAGAAAACGUCUUCUCUUGCUUUAGAGCACAAAGCUGCAGGUGGGAGACGUCUCGGAUUCGAAACUAAAAAAAGUAAAAUCAACAUGAAAUCCAAACAGCACAAAUAUAAAAAUGCACAUUUGAGAGAGAAUGAACUCAAUUGCUUCCCCAGCAAUUCAAUGCGAGAGGAUAAUUCGUUUUGGACCAGAUGCUUCAGUCGACCACAUUACUAGGACAACUCUAACAUAAUCACCAGCUUCGGACAUGGCUUAUUGAGAUCCUUAUUUAGGGAUGCCUUGUCUCCAUAGAAACUACUUUUACAUACAGCGAUCUUGUGUUUGCAAGCAGGAGUUUGUACAGAACGAAGAAGAGAAACAACAUGAGAACUUCUUCACUACCAGGAUGGUCUUUCAUCAGCUCUUCUGCCCCAUUUGUGUCAAGAUUCGCUCAUAUUGCCAAGACCACAGAGGUUUGUGGCUGUUCGUCAUAGGAUUUGUUGAAAGCCUUCUCCUUAACGUGCCAUCCAUAGCUCCAUUGUGUUCUUAUUACCAUUUUUGUGCCAUCAGUGAACUUUAUCAGUGGAACCUAAAAGGUCCUUACGUCAUACAGUACCAUGCCAGGUGUGCACUUAUCUAAAGAGGAUUUAAGGGCAAAUUCAUGUUGUGAGGGUGCUGUACUACAAAGGUUUUUUCCAUUUGUCUCACCCUUAUGAUUUAAAUGUCAGAAGAACUAGUAUGUCCUGUGUUGUGUGUAACUCAAGCAGGUGCUUCUGAUCUGCUUCUGCUGCGUCCACAGCUCUACUCUGGGGCAUUGAACUGCUGUAAAUGUACACGCUGCUGAAUGAGGAAUUCUGGUUGGGAAUUAUGAAUGUAGACAUUGCACAACCCAAUGAUGAAUUCGAUUACUUUCACACUUGAGCUUAUGGAGUGGAUCCGAAUCGGUUUGAAGUGAGACUUGAUUUAAUUUGUUAGUCUGUGUAAUUGGUAUGGAACCUAUUAGUGGAAGUAAAUUGAUGACAUACACACUCUCGGUUACAGUUUUGUUGAUGCCUUACAUUUUAAUUUCAAACAAAUUGGCUUUAUAUAUCAUUUAAACUCGCCGAUUUACAUCAUCUUAACUUAUUUUGAUGGUUGGAGCUAUGUGUAAACCAAACAUUUUAAAGUUGAAAUGACUUGGCAAAAAAACAUUUGUGUGCACAAUAGCAGGUGCUCAUUUCUCACAGCUGCUUGUCUUUGAAUAACUUGCCUUCAGAAAGCAUUCUUUGCAUUUUUUGCAACAGUUCUGUGCAUGUUUUGGUGGUAAAGCUAAAGGGACGACAACAAAAAAUAUACAGUAGAGGUUAUCAUGUACUUUUGGAGUGGAAAUGUCAUUGCAGACAAUAUACAACUUUGGAAAAUUUAAGAUAACAAUCCAAUAUGAUAUAAUUUCAGAAUUUAUUUUAUAGGUGUGUGUUUUCAAGUUAACUAAUCAUUUUCCUUGAAGGUUCUGUGUGUGAAUUUUAGCGGCAUCUAGUGGUGAGGUUGUGAAUUGCAACCAACGGCUGACUCUACCCCUCCCUUUCAAAGCACUACGGAGGAUGACACAGGACAAAGAUGUUGUCACGUUUUAGCUUCUUUGCCAAAUGAGAUCACGUAUUUAUGAAACGCGCUCUAUAGCGCAGUUUGUCCUUUUAGAGCUACCGUAGAAACAACAUGGCCAAUUCCAUACAAGGGGACCCGCGUUGUAUGUAGAUGGAAAUAGCUCAUUCUAAAGUAAUAAAAACAUAAUGCUUCAUUAUGUAAAGUCUUUAUACACCUCUGAAGUCAUAGUUAUGUAUAUUAUAUUGCAUUUCUGUUACUUUUAAAGGCAAAACUGGAGUGCUCUCUUAAUUUUUCCUACGGCUCUAUGUUCACCUAGAAGGGAUCAGACUUCAGAAUUCACUGCUUUCUUGGAUAGUCCUUUAUUGCGUGACUUCUGGAAUAAGUUAUGAUGAUAUGUACAAUAGGCCAGUGCAGUCACAUCAUACUACAAGAUCAAAAUGUUUUGAUUUAUAGACGCUUUGUGUCUGAUAAUAUAUUAUGUUACUCCAUGGUUGCAAAAGAUAACUAAAUGUGUUCAAGUUCUCUGAAAUGAUAGAGAAACGACAGUAUACCGCUUGUUUCUUUAAAACGUGCAAAUGCAAUAAUACUGUUGAAAGUAAUGGUCUCUGUCAUUACCCAUCAGGCAUUGCUGCUCAACUAGUGUGUGAAUUGAAAUAGCUGAACAUGUCCAAUCGGUCCACUCGAAGUGCUUCAGCGAGGAGAGCGCUUCUAUUGUGCAAUGUGCUGCUUCCUAAAUCACAUCACGGAGCUUCAACUGAGAGUAUUUCUAUUUUUACAGUUGGCGAAGACGAAGUUUCAUUUGAAGUGAUUUUUGCGGUGGUGGUUCUUGGUUUUGUUUGCUGAAAUGUGGACCAGAAUGCAAACCUCACUAGGAGGAAAGUCAAAAACUGGAACCUACCCACACCACCAUAUAAUGACCGAGUGUGCUGGCACUCCUGUCUGUUGAAGACUGAAAAGAACUGUAUGUAUACGUCGUUUCUAUAAGAAAGGAAUUAGGUGUAAAUAUUCAAAAUGUAAUAUAAAGAUCAUCUGUAGUGUUUAUGGGUACCGCGAAAGAUUUCCAACAUGGCGUUCGUAUCGACCAGAUGAACUUGGAAAGUAUUACAUUUGCAGUAUGCUGUGUUAGAUAGAUGCUUUAUCAGGAAAGUGUAUCAGAGUCCUAUAGAGAUGGAAAUAAUUUAAAAAGAGAGUACAGUUUAUUUCAGCUAUUUAUUUCUAUAAAAAGAGAUGUCUAUGAUGAUGGCAUGUUUGUGCUAAAGCAUUAUAUAUCAUGUUGCCUUUCAACUGUUCUGCUGUAAAUGUCAUUAGAUUAUUAGAGAUCUGAGUGCUCUGGAUUACUGCUUGCUGCCUUUCGUUUUUAGACUGUGCAAACGUUGCACCAUUACAAUAAAAACGAACUGUUGAUGUUAUAUUUGGUUUUAUGUUUUAAGUUUUUCAAAGAAUUGGACAAUGCACUUUUCUUUGAAUCAGAGCUCUUCAAGCACUCGGAUGAAUUGUGAAUCACGUGGAAUUUUUCCGUUCCUAAACUUUCCUCUAUCUAAGAGUUUCGGCUUUUCAUGACAAGUGUUAGUUCCCUUUGAUAGUUUCGAUGACUUUUUUAUGAAAUACUUGGAGUGGUCCUAUUCGAUGCAUAGCAUAAACCUGCCAUAUAAAUAGAUGGUAACAAAAUGUUGGUAUAAUGCUUGGUCAUGUAAACCAUUUUUUAUGUUUUUGUUUUGUUGUCGGGAGAAGGUGCUAGGUGAAUAAUGCCAAGAGCACUUUGAAUUAAACAAUUGAUGUAACCAAAUUAAGGCCAAAUAUAAGCACUUCAUUUUUUUACUGAUUCUGUAUGUUUAUUCAAGAGAUUUGGAACUUCUCCUGUAAACUGACGGAUCUCGAAAUGAUUUUAGAUAAAGGUAAAGAUCUAGUAAAAACACAAUGCCACUUUACCCGGAAAGAACUGAAGCACUCAGAAAGAUAAAUAUAUCCAUUAUAUAACCUGUCGUUUUUAUACCACAAGAACUUCUUGAAACAAUCAGUUAUAGUGGUGUUAGCUAUUGUAGGUGCCAGGUGUUGUGACAUAUUUGACGUAUUUGUAACCAUUGCAAAUAAAUUAACUAUUGUUACCAGUGUUUCAAAAAGACAUGAAUCUGCAAACAUUUAUUUAAUAAUAGUGGAAUACUAUAAUUAUUUGAAGCUUCUUUUGUUCCAUUUAUGUUUUUUUGGAAUAGCCUGCAGUAACACAAAAUGCCAAUGUACUGUAUGUCCAAAAUUAAACUAUUCAAACUCCACAGCCCUGGGAUGACUAUACAACACUGUAUACGUAUGUGCAGAAUAUGAUUUUCAUGUGUCUGAUUUGGUGUUUAUUUUAUUCUUUGAUUUCAUUGCAUCCUUGUUUUUUUGGAACUGUACCGUUCCCAGCUUUGCGCCAUUAGUUUUUGGCUAAGAUGUAUUAAGCAGCUUGUCAUUACCUCUUGCUUGAAUGAAGGAUUGUAUUUUUUGUUUCAACUGCUUUUAUGCAUUACCUCAGACAUCUUUGGAAAUCUUGUGAAUUGUGUUGCAUUUUUAUAUCAGCUGAUAGAGUGAAUUGCAUUGACAUUCUUUAAUGAAUACCCACCAUAUCCAGUUCCAUUGCACACAAAGGCAAUUCAUCACCCAAAGUUAUUCGCUUUAAUAUUUAUUGAUAAAUGUUCAAUUUUGAACUCUUUUCUCUUUGCCUGUGGGAGCAACUAACUGCAGACAUUUUUUAGCAUUUGUUGUAUUGUUGUGGUCUGCUUGAUAGCAUUUCUUAUCGUCUGUUCGCUCCGUUAUCACAGUUUGCUAAAAGCUGAAUAUAAGAGUGUGAUGGAAUUGUUUACAUUCCAAAUCUCAUGCCAUUUUAUUCCAGGCAUAAUCCUAUGAGUUAUAAUAAAAACCUGAUACAUAUA